UCGCUCAAACCGGUGGCGGCGGUUCGCUCUUACCCGGAGGAAGGCCGUUGCCGAGCGCCGCCGCCGACCGACCGACCGACGGCAUCACUUCUGCGGCCCUGCGUUAGCGAAGGGAAAGUGACUUUCUCACCCCUCCUCCCCUCGCGGAGAGUUGGCGAAUGGCUUUUCAUGUUGAUGCGACUCAACUAGUAAAGAUUGGGAGCUAUAAAUGUUUUAAAAAGCCUCCUGCAGCUCCCGAGCCACAGAGGCAUAUGACAGACUGAGAGAAACCAGCGUACGCAGCUGCUGGGAAAUGGAUCGAUACAAUGAGUUAAAACUUGUGCUGAAGAAGUGGGAGACUUCAUUCUUUCAGGAACAUGGACGGAAGCCAACUAAGGUGGAUGUGGCCUGUGCUUCAGAGGAGACACAAAUAUUGUACAGAGAGUACAGAGCUAUCAAGCAAAAUAAUGCAGAGAACAAUCAAAGUGUACAUUUAGAUUCUGGGAGGAAACCCUUGCUGAAAACUAGCCAAGAUGAGGAGAAGACUCCUGAAAGUGAUAUUUGGGGAUCGCAUCUUAAUCGUCAGAAGAGAAAUGUUGAGGAGCUCACAUUGAAGGAGCACAGUGGCCUCAGAGCAUCUGCCCUGUACUAUGGAAUGAAAUUAAAGGAGAAACUGGGAACAUCAGGAAAGGAAAAGCCAAUUUCUCUCCGUAAAUCAUUGACUCCAAGAAGACCACGUGUGUCCAAAGAGAGCAAGGACAGGGAAGUCAACCAAGUUACUGGAACAAACCCUGUCAUCCAGAAACUUUCCGAAGAUUUGCAUCCUGCAACCAAAGAUUCUCACGAUGGGGCUGACCAACUGGAAUUUCUGCACCCAACCAUAAAGGGUAUUUCUCCAUCAAAAGUGCUCCGAGCCCAGGCAUGGACUCCCCGAUCUGUAAAUAAAUUACAACAAUUGCAGCAGAGUGUGGCAAGAAGACUAUCCUCGAUUGAUCAUGGCUGGUUGGACAGGUGCCAGGAGAGAAUACAACCAAAUGCUGAGUUGCACGUUUCAGGCAGAAGUUCACCCCUAGCCACUGGGACAAAUGGUGGGACAUAUGAUCUUGAUUCUGAUCAUAGGAAAGUUUCACCUGAGGGGAAGCCUCCGUCUUCCAAUGACUCUACAUUACAAGCCAAUGACAAACCUCUCAGCUUAAAUGACACUACACAGGUGACCAGUGAGAAGCCUCUGCACCAAAGUGACUUCUUUCCAACAGUCAAUAAAAGGUCUUGUCAAGUGAGUGGGACUUCUCCCUCAGCUGAUGAUACACUGUCAGUGUUUGGUGAUGUCUCUUUAAAAUCUGAAUCUGAUCCAUUAGUUUCCACUAAUAAUGUAACCAAUCCUGAAAAGCCUGCAGAAUUGGAGAACGAUUAUUUCCAGGAUGUUCAUACUUGCAAAAAGAAACCUAGUACGACGAAAAUACAAAAUGUAACAAAAAGUAGACUGGAGUGCCAAUUGAACACCAAUUCAUUGAACACAGAAGAGAGAAGUUCCUAUGUCCAAGAUUCUUCCCAGGAGAUGUGUGAGAAAGCAGAGUUUAAUGGGAUAAAGGCUGAUUGUGAACACACUUUUGAAGUGCGGAAUCUUGGGAAAGGUUCACGAAAUGUAAAGGCAAGCAGCAAAAAGAGACAGAGAGAAUUGACAGCGGACACGAAGAGUGCUGAAGCUUGUGAAGACCUCGAAGGCAAUGCUAAAAAACGUAGCAAGGCAACAAAACCUUCAGGCACAACCUCGGCUCAGAGAGGGAAGAAGAAGCAGCGGACUCCCAAAACUGAUUCCCAGUCUGUGGCAGAUGAGAAGAGUCGGGCUGUGAAUGAAGACAAGGGGAAACCAAAACCUGAGGUGCCGAGGGAGAAUCUCUAUGGAGAUGUGGAGGAAGAGAGCCUCAUUUCAGAGACUCAAAAGAGAAGUGCAGUGAGAGUUGCACCAUCUAAAAAGGAUGGAAACUUUGUGAGGAUCAACCUGAAGAAGAAAUUGCAUGUGAAAGGUGGGGUGUUAAGAGGAGCAUAUCUUCGCAAACAGGCCUGGAAGCAGAAAUUACAAAUGAAAGGGGAACGCUUUGGUGGUGGCGGUGGUGGUGGCCGAUUCAAUCGGAAUGGAGACACGUGUUUCCGCUGUGGAGCAACAGGUCACUGGGCCAAGAACUGCAGGGGUCAAGGACUUAACACUGGGUUUAAAGCAGUACCUGAGGAGAAAGUGGAAACGCCAGAGAUGACAGAUAAUGACAUUACUCCAUUGCCAACUCUGGAGGAGGUGGCACGGUUGACAUCCUUGUGCAGCACUGCAAGGGGUAUCUCGGCUCCAGAUAAUACAAGGGAACAGCUUGAAUCGAUGCCUGGUGCUGAAAUCCUACUGAACUCGGUGCGCCCCACGUUCGAGCAGCCAGCAGCUCCUCCACCCAUGGAACCUCUGUACAGGCUUGGAGAGGAUGGAAAGGUCAUAGCUACUCCAACAGAGGUCCAUGAAGCUUUGUCAGAGCUCGGGUACCGUUCGUUCAGACCAGGACAGGAAUUAACCGUGAUGAGGAUUUUAUCAGGUCUUUCCACUCUGGUUGUGCUCUCCACUGGAAUGGGGAAAUCAUUUUGCUAUCAGUUACCUGCAUACCUGUACGCCAAGAGGUCAAAGUGCAUCACCUUGGUGAUUUCACCUCUCGUAUCGCUGAUGGAUGACCAGGUAUCGGGACUUCCUGCCAAUCUCAAGGCCGUUUGUAUCCAUUCCAGUAUGACUAGGACACAGAGAGAAGCAGCUGUUGCUAAGGUGAAAGAGGGUAAGGUCCAUGUGCUGUUGCUCUCCCCAGAGGCGCUUGUGGGUGGUGGCCGGGCGGGAUCAAGCUGUCUCCCACCUGCACACGAGCUUCCCCCAGUGGCUUUUGCUUGUAUCGAUGAGGCGCACUGUGUCUCGGAAUGGUCACACAACUUCAGACCAUGCUACCUCCGUCUGUGUAAGGUCCUGAAGGAACGCUUGGGAGUGAAAUGCCUGCUGGGACUAACAGCUACUGCCACACUAGCAACAGCCCAGAACGUCGCACAUCACCUUGGGAUCCAGGAAGUGGAAGGAAUAGCUGUACGUUCUGCAGACAUACCAGCCAAUUUGUUCCUGAGCGUGUCUACAGACCGAGACCGGGACCAGGCUCUUGUAACUUUGAUCCGAGGUGACCGGUUUGCCUCCUUGGAUUCCAUUAUUGUCUACUGCACCCGGAGAGAGGAGACUGCCCGUAUCGCAGCCCUGCUCCGGACAUGCCUUCAGGGAGUUACGCUAAAGGAGCCAUCGAUAGAACUGAACAAGGAGGGGGAGACUGCUGAAGAGAUCCUAGCAAAAAGAAAGAAAGCUAUGGCCAGAAAGAAGUUGAGGCGGCCUUUAAAGUGGAUUGCUGAUUGCUACCACGCUGGAAUGUCAGCCAGUGAGCGGAGGAGAAUCCAGAACAACUUCAUGAGUGGUCAGCUGCGUAUCGUGGUGGCAACGGUGGCGUUUGGCAUGGGAUUGGAUAAGUCAGACGUCCGAGGGAUCGUGCACUAUAAUAUGCCAAAGGGCUUUGAGAACUAUGUGCAAGAGAUUGGCCGUGCUGGAAGAGAUGGGAAGCCUGCCCAUUGCCAUCUCUUCCUCGACCCGGAGGGUGGAGAUAUGAAUGAACUGCGACGGCACAUCUACGCUGACACUGUGGAUUAUUAUACAGUCAAGAAACUGGUACAGAAAGUAUUCCCACCCUGCAAAUGCAGUGAAAUGCAUCAGAAACAGCAGGCCAUCGUUAGUUGUGGGGCCAUCACGGAUGACGAGAUGAUGGAAAUUCCUGACCCAUCUGAGGCGCUGCUGACCCCCGAGGAGGACCAACCCCUCAAAGGAUCUGGCGGGGGCUCUCCGAGGGUCUGCCACAGGCACGAGAGGGCUGUGCCCAUUCAGAAAACGGUAGAAAUGUUAGAUCUCCGAGAGGAAGGAAUUGAAACUUUGCUCUGUUAUCUGGAGCUGCACCCCCAGCACUGGGUGGAGCUGAUGCACCCGACAUUUUCAACCUGCCACCUCCAGUGUUACAGUGGACCCAUGCAGCUAAGAACCAUAGCAAGAAGAUGUCCUCCUGUGGCUGUGGCCCUUGCCAAAGAGCGCCUUCGUGGUGUGGAUCACACCCACUCCAGCUCAGUAGAGUUCGAUGUGGUGGAACUGGCAGAUUCAAUGGGAUGGGAGCUGCUCCCAGUCAAACGAGAACUAAGGCAACUACAGUGGACAAUGUCUCAAUCCAAGCAAGGAUUUGGGGGCACAGGGAAAAGUGGAGUGCUCGUGGAAUUCAGUAACUUGUCCUUCCACUUCCGGUCCUAUGGCGAUCUCGACCACGAGGAACUAGACGCAGUCUGUAAGUUCCUGCACCAACGAGUCCAGGCCCAUGAGAAGAGUGCACUGUACCGCCUCAAAGCUUGCUUCAAGUCAUUUCACAGUGUGGCCUUUAAAAACUGCAGCAUCUGUGCGGAUGAGGUUUCCACGGAGAAGAGCUCAUGCUUAAAGCAGUUGCUGAAGGACUAUUUUGACCAGAAAGGUGACCAGACUCAAAGCACAGAUUACCCAGAACAAGAGGAGGACGACCUGAACAGAGCGAAGAUGAAGGACUGGGAGAGUCAGAUCCGAGCUGACGUCUGUCAGUUCUUGUCUCUUCGUCAUGAUGAAAAAUUCUCAGGCAGAGCCAUCGCACGAAUAUUUCAUGGUAUCGAGAGCCCGUGUUAUCCCGCUCAGGUUUAUGGGCGGGAUCGAAGAUUCUGGCGGAAAUAUCUCCGAUUCGACUUCAAUGAGAUAAUGCGGCUGGUGACAGAGGAAAUUAUCAGGAUGAAGUAGUGAGUUCUGGCAGCAGAAUGAGGGUGGAAUGUGUGUCACCUGACACUAGUGAUACCAUCCGUGCUGUGGUUGCCUCUGAAUACGCCACAAACGCUGUCGACCUGAAAUGAGGGUGAAUUCUCAACACCUUUAAUUAAGGCAGCAAUCUUCUUGUGUUGCGUUGGUCCGACAUGGUUUCAGUAUUAUGGGCUCACCUCUUCACCUGUGACCCUCUGCAAUGUGCGAUUGCCCCAGGUACCGUUCAGGGCUUCCAUAGGCGUGGGUCAAUUGACUCAACUGGAUUUCGGGGCUGUUCUGUUUUCAUCUUGCCUUUUUGUUUCGAGUUGGAAGACACGAGAAUGUUACCUGGAAGCAGGGAUAUCCCAACUUCUGUGUAGCAAGAGAAAGGAUCCUCUUGAAGUAGAACUUGUGGAUAAAAACUUGAUCCCUGUAUCCACUGGGCAAAUCCUGCCCACAGUGAUAGGACCAAAAUCAAGAGCUCACAGGUGAGGCACCUGAACCUAGUCACAUUGGUGCAGGGACGUAGAGGGACGCUAAAGCGAGGGAUCGUGGUCCUAGACAAACAAUAAUAAUAAAGCUCUUGUGAGCUGCUUUGGUAGCUGUUUCUUAUCACUAGCUUGUACUGCUCAGGAGCCACUAAGCAAAUCUAGUCCAGUAAAAACAAAAUACUGGAUCAUCAUCUGUGAAGGAAGGUAGCUAAAUCACCGGGGCUGGACAUUGUCGGGAAUGACGUGCUCCUGAAAUAUUAAUGGUCAUCCUGUGUUGAUAAAUGUUUUGAAUUUUUAUUUCAAGUUUUCAACUUGUGUAUUUCCAUCCUUUUUUAUAAAUCUGUGACCGCUUUUUUUUUAAAAGAAGUAUUUAAAAUAAGUCUUUAAAUCAGGGUUGCUAAGUGAGGACCUGUUGUCAUUUUUAAUGCUGCGUUCGUUUGAAUAAUAUUUGAGGGUAAAUUAACAAUGGUCAUCGAAAACAGUGAUUUAGCAAUCACGCCUUCUAAUUGUGGUUAGUAAUCCUGUUAAUGCCUCCAAAACAGCCUUCACUGCUUGUGUGGCUCCGCAGAGGUUACGUGCUGGACUGUUUAUUGAACAAGGCCUCCUGUAUCAGUUCCAGAAGUGCCACACUGUUCACAGCUCAUUAUUUUACACUGGGCCCACACACUGACUUGCAUCACAUACAUAUUUGUAUUAAAUUAGAAAUUACUUUCAAACUCUGUCAACUCCUUGAAGUAAUUGUUUUGCACUUUUUUUUAUAUAGUUUUUAAUUACAAAUAAAAUUUUCUUCAAGAAAGAUG